CGCCCGCCAGACAAGAAUGGUGGCUUUGAAAGCUCAGGGAAGAAGCAGCAGGGAAGAAAAAGUAACACAGUGUGCCUGAAGAUGACAACAAAGCGGAAUUUGUUUGUGCGGCUGGUGCCAUGCCGCUGUCUGCGUGGAGAGGAGGAAACAGUCACUACACUUGAUUAUUCUCACUGCAGCUUGGAACAGGUGCCUAAGGAGAUUUUUACUUUUGAAAAGACGUUGGAAGAACUCUAUUUAGAUGCUAAUCAGAUUGAAGAGCUUCCAAAGCAACUUUUUAACUGUCAGUCUCUGCACAAGCUGAGUUUGCCAGACAAUGAUCUAACCACAUUGCCAGCAUCCAUUGCAAAUCUCAUUAAUCUCAGGGAACUGGAUGUCAGCAAGAAUGGCAUACAGGAGUUUCCAGAAAACAUAAAAAACUGUAAAGUCUUGACAGUUGUUGAGGCCAGCGUAAAUCCAAUUUCAAAGCUUCCAGAUGGAUUUUCCCAACUGUUAAACCUAACGCAGCUGUACCUAAAUGAUGCUUUUCUUGAGUUUUUGCCAGCCAAUUUUGGCAGAUUAACAAAACUCCAGAUAUUGGAACUUAGAGAAAACCAGUUAAAAAUAUUGCCAAAAACCAUGUCCAGACUGACUCAGCUGGAGAGACUGGACUUGGGAAGUAAUGAAUUCACAGAAGUGCCUGAAGUACUUGAACAACUGAGUGGGUUAAAGGAAUUUUGGAUGGAUGGUAAUAGACUAACACUUAUUCCAGGGUUUAUAGGCACUUUGAAGCAACUGACCUACUUGGAUGUUUCUAAAAACAACAUUGAAGUAGUUGAAGAAGGUAUUUCAGGUUGUGAAAGCCUCCAAGACCUACUGCUAUCCAGUAAUUCACUUCAGCAACUGCCAGAGUCUAUUGGUUCCCUGAAAAAGGUGACAACCCUUAAAAUUGAUGAAAACCAGUUGAUGUACUUGCCUGACUCCAUAGGAGGGUUAAUAUCACUAGAGGAACUGGACUGUAGUUUCAAUGAGAUUGAAACAUUGCCUUCAUCUGUCGGGCAGCUCUCUAAUAUAAGGACAUUUGCUGCAGAUCAUAAUUUUUUAACACAUCUGCCAUCAGAGAUUGGAAACUGGAAGCAUGUAACAGUGUUGUUUCUGCAUUCUAACAAACUUGAAUUUCUCCCUGAAGAAAUGGGUGAUAUGCAAAAAUUAAAAGUCAUCAAUCUGAGUGACAAUAGAUUGAAGAAUUUGCCAUUUACCUUUACAAAACUGCAACAGCUCACUGCUAUGUGGCUAUCAGACAAUCAGUCUAAACCACUUAUCCCUCUUCAAAAAGAAGCUGACCUUGACACACAGAAAACAGUGCUUACUAAUUACAUGUUUCCCCAGCAACCAAGGACCGAGGAUGUUAUGUUCAUAUCUGAUAAUGAAAGUUUCAAUCCGUCUUUGUGGGAGGAACAGCGUAAACAGCGUGCUCAGGUGGCAUUUGAGUGUGAUGAAGACAAAGAUGAGAGAGAGGCACCACCUCGGGAAGGCAACUUGAAGAGAUAUCCAACUCCAUAUCCUGAUGAACUGAAGAAUAUGGUUAAAACAGUCCAGACAAUUGUCCACAGGCUAAAGGAUGAAGAGUCUACUGAAGAUACUGCCAAGGAGUCAAAACGAGAAGGCCAGACAGUUUCUGUAAAAGAUGUGGGGGUAAAGACUUCAGAAGCUGCUACCAUAAAGAACACAGCAGAUGAGAGAAAGCAAUAUUCAGCAGGAAGCUCUGUGCAUAAGCCUACUGAACCAGAAGCUGAGCACAGCACCACAAAUUCAGAGAUGACCACAGUUGUUAAAACCUUGCAGAACACGAAAACAGUUGUCAACCAUGAAGACAUGCUUGAGCAGGAGUCAGAAGAACUUUCCUCUGAUGAAGAGAUGAAAAUGGCUGAAAUGCGACCACCACUGAUAGAAACUUCCAUAAACCAACCAAAAGUGGUAGCUCUUAGCAAUAACAAAAAAGAUAAUUCAAAAGAUGCUGAUUCCUUAUCAGAUGAAGCUACCCACAACAGCAAUCAAAAUAACAGCAACUGUUCCUCUCCUUCUCGAAUGUCAGAUUCUGUUUCCUUAAAUACUGAGAGUAGCCAAGAUAUUUCUCUCUGUUCUCCAGACAAAGAAACACAUGCUGCUGUUUUAUCCAGCAUCAGGCGAGAAGGUGAAAAUUUGAAUAAUCUUUUGCAAAAUGGAGGUGAAUCGAGUGUUACAGUGGAAGAAAAAAUAAAUAUGCAAGAGAAGGUUACAAAUUUGCCUGGAUAUGAACUGACCAUUGAAGAAAGAUUUGGCCUGAUAGGUAAAGGCAUUGAUCUAAGCACUCCUGUGGAGGAGUCUCACAAAUUAGAUCAAAUAAACAUGAAUAUCAAUAAACUGGUUAGUGAAGAGGCUGUGCCAGUUCCUGUAGAAAGGUUACAAACACAGGAAAUAGUUUCAGUAAAGGGCUUGUUAAAUAACAACACAAAAGAAAAAAGUGAGCACUCAGAAAAUGGAAAUAAAUAUCCAAUAAAUAAAGUAAAUGGACAUCCUGAGGAAACAGUACAGUCUCCUGGUAAAGACAAACUGAUAAGAAGCACUACAGUUGAUAGUGAUUCUGCUGAUCCGUCUGCUUCAAGGAGCACUGAAGACUUGUCCCCACAGAGAAGUGGUCCUGUGAUGAAAUCUCACAGCAUCACCAGUAUGGACACUGGUGGUCUGAAAAUCUAUGACAUUGUCAAUGAGAAUGGAUCUCAACAUUCAAACCCAGUGGUAAAAUCAGCACCUGAUAGUGCAGAUGGAAAAAACAUAGUCCGAAGUAAAUCUGCUACUCUUCUGUAUGAUCAGCCUUUGCAGGUUUUUCCUGGGUCAUCAUCAUCAUCAUCUGAUUUAGGAGCUUCUGUGAAAACUCUGUUGAAGUUUGACUCAAAUCACAAUCCUGAAGGUGUUAACAUAGUGAGAGGAUCGGUGAUGAGUGGCGCACAGAUGUUCUGCACUCCCCAGUACAAUAUUCAGUACAGCAGCAGUGCGACAGCAAAAGACACCUUGUGGCCCCAGAAACAAAACACCCAAGCAGAACAAGGAAGUUUGCCUCCUUCAUGUCUGUUUAGGUCUGACAGUACAGAAGCCUCCACCUAUGUAAAGCAUUCUGCCAGUAUGAAUUUCUCCAAUCACAACAAUGUCCGAGCCAGUUCUGUAUAUAACACUCAUCAACGGAUGGCUGGGAGACAUGCAGACAUGUGGGCUGUUCCACCAAAUGACAGACUGCUCCCAGGAGCAACCAGACACACUCUUCAAAGGCAGAGUAGUGUAUCUUCUUCAGCUUCUGUAAAUGUUGGGGAUAUUGGACCUUCAAGACGGACCCAGGUUCCUGAAGGGGAUUAUUUAACAUACAGAGAUUUGCAUUCAAUGGGAAGAGCUCCACCAGUAAUGUCUGGGCAACAGAGACCUCUUUCUGCCAGGACGUACAGCAUGGAUGGUCCAAAUGUGCCUCGACCACAGAGUGCUCGGCCAUCAGUGAAUGAAAUACCAGAAAGAACUAUGUCAGUUAGUGACUUCAAUUACUCGCGGACUAGCCCUUCAAAGAGAUCAAACCCAAGGGUUAACUCUGAACACUCUUUAUUAGAUCCUCCAGGAAAAAGUAAAGUUCCUCAUGACUGGAGGGAACAGGUGCUGCGACAUAUUGAGGCAAAAAAACUAGAAAAGAGCAUGCUGUCUAGGUCCUUUAAUUCCAAUUAUGCUGCAGUUAGCACCUUUCACUAUGGCAGCUCUAGGGAUCUGCAUGGCAGCCAGGGUAGUGUUGCCUUGAGUGUUGCAGACGGAAGAGGUUCUGGUGUGCACGUUGUUCGACAUCCCCAGGCUUCUACUCCAGGAGAUCAAUGCCAGGAUGAAGUGUUCAUUUCAGGACAACAGAAUUACUCAUCUGCAACACUUAGUCUCAAAGAUGUUCCUCCAGACAGCAUGAAGAAAGUAGCUGUGCAGAUACCUUUGACAAAUGGACAAAUGUGCCAGCCUCAGAGACCUCAGGCAAACUAUAGCCAAGUCCAUCAUCUCCCUCCUCAAUCGUCAGUAGCAAGACAUCCGUCUAGAGAGCAAUUAAUUGAUUAUCUGAUGUUGAAAGUUGCUCACCAACCUUCCUAUACUCAGUCCCAGUGUUCUCCCAGACAAAGCCAUGAGCUGGCAAAGCAAGAGAUUCGAGUGAGAAUUGACAAGGAUCCAGAACUUGGAUUUAGUAUAUCAGGAGGUGUUGGUGGUAGAGGGAAUCCAUUCAGACCUGAAGAUGAUGGUAUAUUUGUAACCAGAGUGCAACCAGAAGGACCAGCAUCUAAGCUGUUGCAGCCCGGGGAUAAAAUAAUUCAGGCUAACGGAUACAGCUUCAUCAAUAUUGACCAUGGACAAGCAGUGUCUUUGCUAAAGACUUUUCAGAAUGCAGUGGAACUCAUCAUUGUACGAGAAGUUUCUUCAUAAAUACUGUGUAUUAGGGGAAAAAGCCAGCAGGAUUCAUUGAAGGACUUAUGGGAAACGGAAUAUUUUGCUAUUUUUAUACGUGAAAGGAACUUGAAAAGAAUUAUGAUCAAAAUUUGUAUAGGAAAUACUGAACUUGUGGUUAAAGGGGAAAAAAACCACUGUGUAGAACAUAUAGGAAAUCACUUCAGAAAUGCAUAUGGUGAAUAAACUUGUUUUUAAGCAUUAGAGCAAUCCAAGGAUCACUCCUCCAGGAACAAACCUGUGUUGUUUUUUUGUACAGAUGGUAGGUUUAUUUUUGGAUAAUUCAUACACAUUACUAAACUUCGUGCAAGGCUUUGUGAAGCCUUGGUUGUAGCCCAUGGGCAGAUGGCAGGGCUGUCUGUCCUUUAGCUGUUUAUUGCCUUUAUUUUUAUUCACCAGAUUUUAAUGUGUUAUGCUGAAACCACUUCUGUAGAUAUGGAUGGGAAAUAGGAAAUUUUGGCUCUGCUAUGUGGACAUUGUAUAGAUGAAUGGGUAGAUGGAAGGUGGUGCUGGCUGGACAGAAUAAAGCUUAGAUGAAACAACUAUCUGGAAUUGGGAAAGAAGAAAAAGUGUUUAGUUCUGCAGUGCAUAUCUACCAAUAGAAAAUGCAAUAAAAGCUUACGGUGUUUUUUAGAAAGACUAUAACAACAAAUGUGUAAUAUUCUACAGGAUUUUUUCUUAAUGGAGUCAUUGAAUAUUCAUUUGCCACAUGUGAUUCAUCUUAAGUUGGGCUUUCUUGAAUACAUAAUUUUUUCAGCUGUACUGUGGAAACGUGCCCAGAGCUUUUCUCUGCUGUGGAAAUCCCCAGUUUUGUGCAAAUGGUGAUACUUUCAUCUUUAUAAGAAGUACUCCAUUUCAACCUUACAGAUUUUAAAAAUUGAAAU